AUGGGAGUGAAGUGUUAUUGCAACACUGCCGGCGAUGACAUAGGCAAAGCUGGGUGCCGAAAAGUUCCUGAAGGUGAACUGUGUGCAGUCUGUUCAGAUCUCGCAACAGGUUACCAUUACGGUGUGGCGAGCUGCAAUGGAUGCAAAACAUUCUUUCGUCGCACCAUUGUAUCAGAGCACACAUUUGUCUGCCAAUAUCAGGGUAACUGUGAUGUUAACAAAAAUUACAAUUAUUGGCAUCAAGAUUUUAUUAAAGUUUUACUGAUUAAGCUGAUUAAUGUAAAUUCUGUAGACAUCCGCUGUGCUUGUCGGCAUUGCCGUUUCAACAAAUGCGUUGCUGUAGGAAUGGAUGCUAAAGCGAUCCAGAAUGAUCGUGAUCGCAUCGGACCAACCAAGAAAAUGAAAAUGAAUAGCCAAAAUUCUGAAGAUGAUUGUGCGAUUCAUAUUCGUUCCGCAGAAGAAAGGCUGAUAGAGCGUUUGUUGGCGAUUGAAAAAUUGUGUAUGAGAUUACGGCAAUGUGUACUUCCUGAAAUCAGUGGGCUUAAAGAAGCUGUUUGUGAACCUUCACUUGUUAACGAAGUUAAUAACCUCAAAAUAGAUCCAUAUACAAAUGCAAAGGAAUUGUACAUUGCGACAUUAAAAGACAUACAAAUGUGGAAUAAACGAGAAAUGCGAGUUGGUUUAGAAUGGGCAAAAACCUUCGAUUUAUUUAAUCAACUGUCUUUGGAUGAUCGGAUUGCAUUGAUAAAGAACUUCGGAUUUACUUUCAAUCUUUUAAAUCGAAAUUAUUAUGCACCUGACCAUGGUACUGAUAAAUUGGUGUUGCCUAAUGGUGCCUAUAUUCGACGUCAAGUUCAAAAUGAAGUUAAGUUGCCUGGUUGUAGGUCAAUUUAUCAUCGACAAAUGGAUGAAAUUAUGAUUCCAUUUAGACAACUGAAAAUCACCAUGCCCGAAUUUGCGCUGUUCAAAGCUAGCGUUUUCUUUAACCCUGAUGCAAUUAAUCUUUCGCCUAUAGCAAAGUCCCAAAUUUAUGCUGAAAGGUCAAAAUAUUUGUCAGCAUUAUUUUAUUUGAUAACUUCGAAAUGUGGAAUAACUAUGGGUGCACAAAAGUACGGCAGUUUGCUUAUGAUGGCUUCUUCAGUGCAGAACAUAAUUGCUCAAAAUGAGGAAAAUAUGCAAGUUAUGGAUUUCUUUGAAGAAAACUGGAAAAUGGAUAAUUUUGUAAAAGAAGUAUGUUUGAAAGAUCCAUGA